CGCAGCAGGCAGCAUCCCCACGCUGCGAGCAAGCGCUGCCUUCUGCCGAGGUUCCCGCGGGGCGAUGCUCCCCUCCCAACAAGCUGUGUGGUGAUUUGGCAGCAGCUCGGACUCUGAACCUGCCCCUCCGCCCUGCGCUGGCUGCAGGCGGUGCCUCCCGGGAGCAGACAAACGCCUCCUCCCGAGCCAGCGCCGCUGCUGCCGCCGGGAUGAAGCUCUCCUGGCUGGGCGUGGAUGUCUCCCGAGUGCUGCACUUGGCUGCUGUCUUCUGCCUGACCUGCGUGUUGCUGAAGGCCAUCCAGCUCUACCACCGGCGGCGGGAGCUGAUCAGGGCGCUGGCUGACUUCCCCGGCCACCCGACCCACUGGCUCUUCGGCCACAUCCAUGAGUUUCAAAAUGAGGAAGAGAUGCUGGAAAAAGUGGAGACCUGGGCACAGAAGUACCUAUAUGCUCACCCUGUCUGGUUUGGGAAUUUCUCGGCAUUUCUGGUUAUCAGUGAUCCCGACUAUGCCAAGGCUGUGUUGGGCAGAGGAGAUCCCAAGGAUAACAUGAGCUAUAAACACCUUGUCCCAUGGAUCGGGAACGGUUUGCUGAUCUUACAUGGGCCAAAAUGGCACCAACAUCGAAAACUCCUGACUCCAGGGUUUCAUUACGACGUCUUGAAACCGUAUGUGGCCCUGAUGGCAGAGUCUACUAAUGUGAUGCUGGAUAAGUGGGAGCAGCUGAUCACAGAUGAGAAACCAGUGGAGCUCUUCGAGCACAUCAGCUUGAUGACUCUCGACAGCAUCAUGAAAUGUGCCUUUAGUUGUCACAGCAACUGCCAGACCAACAGAAAAAAUGCCUACAUCCAGGCUGUCUAUGACCUGUGCCUCAUGGUGCACCAGCGCCUCCGCAUCUUCCCCUACCACAAUGAUAUCAUUUACUGGCUCAGCCCCCAGGGAUAUCGGUUCAGGAAGGUCUGCCAGCUUGCUCAUGACCACACAGACAAGGUGAUUCAGGAGCGAAAGGAGUCCCUUAAAGAUGAAAGGGAAUUUGAAAAGAUCCAGAAGAAGAGACGUUUGGACUUUCUGGACAUUCUGCUGUAUGCCAAGGAUGAGAAUGGAGCUGGACUGUCCGAUGAGGACCUGCGUGCCGAGGUGGACACAUUCAUGUUUGAGGGCCAUGACACGACAGCCAGUGGCAUCUCCUGGCUCUUUUACUGCCUGGCAUCGCACCCAGAGCACCAGGCACGGUGCCGAGAGGAGGUCCAGACGAUCCUGGGAGACCGAGAGACACUUCAGUGGGAGGACCUGGGCAAGAUGACUUACAGCACCAUGUGCAUCAAGGAGAGCCUUCGCCUUUACCCACCAGUGCCUGGUGUGUCCCGGCAGCUCAGCAAACCCAUCACCUUCCACGAUGGACGAACCUUGCCAGAAGGGAGCAUCGCUGCGAUAAGCAUUUAUCUCAUUCACAGGAACCCUGCAGUAUGGAAAGACCCUUUGGUGUUUGACCCUUCGCGGUUUUCCCCGGAGAACAUGACUGGCAGGCACUCUCAUGCCUUUCUGCCCUUUUCUGCUGGGACGAGGAACUGCAUCGGGCAGCAGUUCGCCAUGAACGAGAUGAAGGUGGCACUGGCCCUGACCCUGCUCCGCUUCGAGCUCUCCCCUGACCCUUCCAGGCCUCCCUGCAAAAUACCUCAGAUUAUCCUUCGCUCCAAGAACGGGAUUCACCUGUAUCUAAAGAAAAUCCGCUGAUGCUGGAAAACAUCCUGCCUUCACGGGAGGGAGGGACCAAGCAGAUGAUGGGACAAUGCUUCUCUGAAGCAAAAGGUGCGGGGCAGGAUUCGGGAAUGAGGAUUCCUUAUUUCUGUGCUUCUUCCACCAGUUGAAAGCCCUUUUCAGCCUGGGUUCAGGUAGGCUGGAUGGCAUUGCUCAGACCCAUUGCCAUCAGCUUCACAAAGGCUGGUCUCAGAGCAGGUGGACGUGGCCAUGCCUCUUCACUGGCCUCCCCCUCGCCCCACUGUGACAGCUGCCCUGGCCUGGCAACAUCUGCAGGUCCCACCAGCAUCCUCCUUUCCAAAUCCUGCCUUUGCACUCAUGUUUUGGCCAAAUCCGUGGCCAUUCCCAGCCCUGCUCGGUCAUUCACACACACCUUCCUCAGUGCCUAGAGGUCAGCUCUUCCCUCCUGGAGCAGGGACAGCCCAUGGCAGACCUCUUUCUCUCUCUCUCUCUUCUUGCACUCACUGUGUCUCUUUUCUGUUGAAAGCACUGAUCCAGUUUGGGCUCUGAAAUUCUUCCUAAACUGCAAAAUAUUCUGUAAUUUUUGUGUUAAUAAGCCAAUAGCUAUUCCUGUAACAGCAGCUGUGCUGCUUUUUAUUGCUGAUGCUUGCCUGCUUUGUCAUACAUAUGGUUUUAAACCCUUUUGGAAAUGGGAAAGGGAGAGGAAACCUGUGAGCAGCAAGAGACAACGCAGGUCUGGCUAGGCCCUUGCCCACAAGUCUCCAGCCGCAGCCAGCACAGCAUCUCCUUCCACAGGCAACCCCUUAACAGGGGUCCAAAGUGUCUUCAUUUAGGGCUGCAAAGGAGGAUUUCUGAUAGUUAGAAAGGGGACGGUGUCUCUCUUUUGGUUUUAUUUCCCUAAGCUGAUAAAGUUAUGAGAGUUGUAUGGUUGAGGUACACUGGAGGACACUAGCGAGCUGUCCUCUGCCUCUGUAGGAAUCAUUACUGGGGUGGAAAGUGUCAGAUUGGGAAAUGCCAAAUGCCGCUGUUGCAUUUAGCAUCACGGUGAUGUCAGCUGUGGUUCCCACAUCGUGAGCAGGUUGCUGUGUGGUAAGAGUGGCUGACUUCACACGGCUCUCAUCUGCAGAGAUAAGGCAGAUAGAAAGCAGCGUGAGAAACAGGAAGACCUUUCUUGUGGGAUAGACUGUGCUAUGCUAUCAACACUGUGAGCCCAGUCACUGGUGAGUCCAUUAGCAAGGUAAUAGCAAAGUUUUGUCCAAUUUUCAUUUUAAAUACACAAAGGGUGCCCAUAAUGAAUAAUAAAAAUAAUACAAAUAACUUA